AUGUCUAAAAAGUCAGUGUUAUCCGAGAACACUUGGGGGUCACUCCCGUUCACCAUCGACGGAAGCGAGCAAUGGAUUCGGAACUUCCGGGACUACUCUAAACUAAGAUUAAAGGACAACCACCUCACCAGGCCCCUUUGGGUGUGCCCGGAUGGCUACAUAUACCUGGAGUUGUUUACACCUGUGAGUAAGCAGGCGUUGGACUUCAUCGUCACCAUCGCAGAGCCAGUAUGUAGGCCGGAACUCAUUCACGAAUACCAAGUUACGGUAUUCUCGCUGUAUACUGCAGUUUCAGUUGGACUCACAAUUGAUGAGCUUCUAAACAAUUUAAACAAGUUUUCUAAGAAUGUGUUGCCCCCAAAGCUCAAAGACGCAAUCUUGAACACAGCAUCAUCAUUCGGUAAAAUCAAGUUGGUGUUGCGCGACAAUCGCUACUGGAUAGAAUCGUUCGAAAGGAAGGAAUUGGACUUUCUGCUAACGAACCAGGAGAUAAGGAACUCUCGAAUACACUCGAACAUUUGGGGGAGCUCGUCACAAAUGACAGAAAACUCGCAGAGCGGCCUCAACGACUACAUAACGAUAUCGGUUCCGACGUCGGACUUUACAUUCGUUUUCAACGCAAACCCCGAGGUUCCCGAGACCGACGAGGCACCAAUAUCGAAGCUCGGACUGAGGAAUGAGAAGAACAAGGUCACAGAGGUGUUCUCCUUCGAGGUUCAGCAGGAGAAGAUCGAGGAGUUGAAAAGGGAGGCCCUGCAGACAAUGCGGCGCCCGCUGGUAAUGGAGUACGACUUCAGAAAGGACAACAACUCAGCAUCACUGAACUGCUGCAUAAGGUCUAAUAUUAAAAUCAGGUACUACCAGGAAAGGGCCCUGAGGAGGAUGUUUAGUAACGGAAGAGCAAGGUCGGGGAUUAUAGUCUUGCCUUGUGGAGCAGGCAAGACGCUCACGGGCAUAGUCGCGGCCUGCACAGUGAGGAAGUCGAUCUUUGUCCUUACCACCUCAGCCGUGGCAGUGGAGCAGUGGAUAAAGCAGUUCCUGGACUUCACGAACAUAUCGAGGAGCAACCUGCUGUCCCUGACGGCGGAGCACAAGAGGGACCUGUGGGACGAAAAAGAGGCAGGCGUGCUCAUUUCCACGUACACCAUGAUGUCGUACUCGAGAAAACACCGCGAGCACACGGAGAGGAUCCUGAACCAGAUCAAACAGCGCGAAUGGGGACUGCUCAUAUUCGACGAAGUGCAGUUCGUUCCGGCGCCCGCCUUCAGGAGGAUAAACGAAACGAUCAGGUCGCACUGCAAGCUGGGACUGACGGCGACCCUCGUGAGGGAGGACGACCUGAUUCGGGACCUGCAGUGGCUGAUAGGGCCGAAGCUCUACGAAGCAAACUGGCUUGAGCUGCAGGAGAAGGGGUUCCUGGCCAAGGUGAUCUGCAAGGAGAUAUGGUGCCCGAUGACGGCGCCCUUCUACAGAGAGUACUUGAGGAGCACGACCGUGAAGAAGAGGAGGCUCUGGUCGUGCAACCCAGUUAAGCUGAUAACCUGCGAGUAUCUGCUGAAGUUCCACGAGUCACGCGGCGACAAGGUGAUCGUGUUCUCCGACAACCUCUUUGCACUGCUACACGCCGCAAAGUUGCUAAACAGGCCCUUUAUUUACGGGAAAGUUAGUUCUGCGGAAAGAAUCAUCAUUUUAAACAAGUUUAAGAACGAAAAUACUUUCAACACGAUAUUCUUGUCGAAAGUCGGAGACAAUGCGCUUGAUAUUCCAUGUGCGAACGUGGUGAUACAGAUAUCAUUCAAUUUCGCGUCGAGGCGCCAGGAGGCGCAGAGGCUCGGCAGGAUCCUGAGGCCGAAGUCAAAGGCAGACGAGCACGGCUUCAACGCCUUCUUCUACAGCCUAGUCAGCAAGGACACGCAGGAAAUGGUCUUUGCCGACAAAAGGCAGCAGUUUAUCAUCGACCAGGGUUACGCCUACAACGUUACCAGCUCCUCCGACAUCGUUAAGGACACCAGCAACCUCAUCUACACGCGCGCACACAUUCAGCAGGAGCUGCUUCAGGACAUCAUCACCUCCUCCGAGGACGUCGACGAGGAGGAGGAGAUCAAUCCCACGGAUUUGUUUACACCUAACGACGAGAGCUCCAUACAGACCUCGGUAUCGCAGAAGAAAACGGGGCUCGCCGGUCUUUCCGGCUCCCUCAAGAAACAGCUCCAGUACAAGCACCUGCUCCCUCCCCCUGAGAAGCCCCGUAAGAAGGCAAAGCCACCUACGGAGCAACACCCGUUCUUCAAAAAGUUUUUUUCCUCUGUAAAAUGA